AUGGCCGGUGAAUCUAGUGCAAUUAGUAGAAAUAGUUCUUUUGAUAAACCACCGGAGACGCUUUUUAUUAAAACGGAGACAGAGUUCGUCGGGCGAGGGAAUACAGCUUAUGUGGAUAGACACAGACGAAGUAGGAGUCGGAGCGGGUCCAGAAAGAUUCCUUUGAGCGUGGCCGAUGAUAGUUUUUACAAGGAUUUAGAGGAUUACGUGAAAGAGAUGUCGACGUCGCGGGACACGACUAUGGAGGCGGAGGAUGUGUGGAGUCAACUGCAGCAAAAGGAGUCUGAUCUUCUCUUAGCAGCGGAGUUGGGGAAAGCUCUCCUCGAUAAGAACGAGGAAUUGAAGAAGGAGCAAGAGAAGGCAGCUGAGGAGUUCUCCAAAAAACUCGAGGAGUUGGAGCAAGAAAAACACCUAUUACGGCGACGACUGGACACCAACCAGGGGGAGUAUGAAGCAAGAAUAAUUGAACUUCAAAAUGAUAUUAAGGAACUAAGCGCAAAGAUUGACUCCAAGGAUAAUUCUGUGAAACAGCGCGAUGAAGAGAAAGCCAAUCUGAUAGCUGAAUUAACAGCACAGAACUCACGACUUACUGCGCAGCUAAAAGAGUCAUCUGCUACAGAAGCUCAGUUGCUAGCCCAGCUAGAUGGACUUAAAGAUCAAUGCUCUAUACGGAUGACUAGCUUGAAGGACCAUGUAUCAAGCUUGGAAUCACUAAAAUCGGAACUGGCGCUAGUGACUGACAAGAAGCUCGAUCUUGAAAGAAGACUUACGAGCUCUUUAAGAGACAAAGACAAUUUGUCCCAACAGCUUGAGGAAGCUAACGAUAGGAUUACUGCACUCGAGAGGCAACUCAAAGAACAGGAGCACCUCUACCAAAAUACCUUGAAAGAGUUGGAGCGUCUGCAACGCUCACAUGACACGCUUGCAGAAAGAAUCGGAGCACCCGAGUCUGUUGAAACCACUAAAAUCGCCAGGUCUCUCCAAUCAGAGAUGGAGACAGAACCAGACGACCAGGAUGACGGUUGGCUUCGUGCUGAAGCGGUGCAAGUUUUCAAGCAGUUACGGUCACUGGCUCUUCAGCUCAAUACUGGGCAUGAUGACGACUCAGGGCUCCAUUCUGACCUAUCCAUAUCUUCUCUCGAUGGAGACGAAGGUGAGACGCUGCGCCGCGGUGCACUGGCCGCCGCCUGCGCAGAUGCCGUCGCUGCCUAUGCCACUCUAGAAGGUUCGAGGGUGCGCGACUCGAUAGCUGCGCAUGCGCGCCGUGCCAUGGAGAGAGAAAGGCAGAUCGACGAGAAAAAUGAGAUCAUCGCUGAUCUGUCAUCUAAGCUUUCUGUAGCAGAGGUGGAACUGCGCGCUGCGGCAGAAGAACGUGAUAAAUUACUUAACGACGCCAACUACAGUAGUCUGCAAAACGACGAAGCGGUAUCACGUGCUAGACAAGAGAGAGACGAAGCUAUAGAGAGAAAGAAGGCGACUGAGGUGUCCCUUGCAAAGACUCGAGUCGAGUUGAUGCAGGCCAACAGUCAACUCUAUGAAGCUGUAAGACAAAAGAUUGACCUGGGACAACAAUUGGAACAGUGGCAGAUGGAUAUGCAAGAGCUGAUAGAUGAACAGAUGAAACACAAGCUGACGUCCGAGAAGCGACGCAAGAUCCCUCAACCCGUCGCCCCGACGCGUACUUCGCGAAUCCUUGGAUUUUUUCACCGGUGA